GUCACCAGUCAGGAUUCCGAAGGUCUCAGCCCUUGAUGGGAGUGGUAAGCCAUGGCUGCAGAUGAUAAAGUCGCUAUCCUAACUGAUGAUGAAGAGGAGCAGAAGAGAAAGUACGUGCUUGCCGACCCCUUCAAUGGCAUCUGCAGGGAACCGGAGCCCCCCUCCAACGACACCCCCUCCUCCACGGAGACCUCCGCCAUCCCCGAGGAGGAAAUAGACUGGAUAGAGAAACACUGUGUGAAGAUAAACAAUGACCUCCUCAUUUCCAAGGUGUUCUAUUUUUUCUUUUACUCUGCCUAUGGCUCUCUUUACCCGCUCCUGCCCGUGUACUACAAACAGCUGGGGAUGUCGCCCAGCCAGAGCGGGUUGCUGGUGGGCAUUCGGUACUUCAUCGAAUUCUGCAGCGCCCCUUUUUGGGGCGUCGUGGCAGAUCGCUUCAGAAAGGGCAAAAUCGUCCUCCUCUUCUCGCUUCUGUGCUGGGUCUUGUUCAACCUGGGCAUCGGCUUUGUCAAGCCUGCCACCUUGAGAUGCGUACCAAAGAUUCCCCCCACGGCUCACCCCACCAAUGCCAGUCACCCCGCCACGCCCCUGCCGAUGAAUUCCUCCACCGAGGCUUUCUUCACCACGCCACCCAAACCCCGUGAGAAAAGGAACGCGCUGUCGCCGCCGCCUUCGGAAACGGGGCCCGAUAGCUCAGACGCGGCUCUCUUCCCAACGACAGCCUUGACCUUGACGGGUGAACCCACGCUGCAGCCCCGGACGGAGGAAGCGACCCACCCUGUGAUGGACUUGGUGUUGAACACGAGCACCGUGACCCCCACCCCUGCAGGGAACGCCACGGAGGCCACCCCCGCCGCCCCCGGGGUCACCACCACCACCACCACCACCACCACCACCACCACCACCACCACCACCAAAUCUUUGCCCUCGGACCAAGUCACCCUCCUCUAUGACCAACAAGAAGUGGAGGCGAUAUUCCUGGUGAUCUUGGUGGUGGUCAUCAUCGGAGAGUUUUUCAGUGCCUCCUCGGUCACGAUCGUAGACACGGUGACCCUGCAGUACCUGGGCAAGCACCGCGACCGCUACGGGCUGCAGCGCAUGUGGGGCUCCCUGGGCUGGGGCCUGGCCAUGCUGUCGGUGGGCAUCGGCAUCGACUACACCCACAUCGACGUGCUCAUCGACGGCAAGGGGUGCAAGCCCCCAGAGUACCGCAACUACCAGAUCGUCUUCAUCGUCUUUGGCGUCCUCAUGACCCUGGCCCUGAUCGUCGCCACCCAGUUCCGGUUCCGCUACAACCACUUCAAACACGGCGACGGUGGGAAAGGGAAGGAGGUGGAGAUCCCGCAGGUGGAGAGGGACAACUCCACCGAGUCCUCGGAGGAGACGCCCACGACGGCGGCGGCGCACUCGCAGGCCUUCAGCUUCUGGGACCUGAUCAAGCUGCUGUGCAGCGUGCAGUACGGCUCGGUGCUGUUUGUGGCCUGGUUCAUGGGUUUUGGAUACGGCUUUGUGUUCACCUUCCUCUACUGGCACCUGGAAGAUCUGAACGGAACGACGACCCUCUUUGGGGUCUGUUCGGUCCUGAGCCACGUGUCCGAGCUUACGGCUUACUUCUUCAGCCACAAGCUUAUUGAGCUGAUUGGCCACAUCAGGGUUUUGUACAUUGGACUGGCCUGCAAUACAGCUCGCUAUAUUUACAUUUCCUACCUGGAAAAUGCCUGGACUGUCCUCCCCAUGGAGGUCCUGCAAGGAGUCACACAUGCAGCCAUCUGGGCAGCGUGUAUCUCUUACCUCAGUGCAGCUGUUCCGCCUGAGCUGAGGACUUCUGCCCAGGGCAUCCUGCAAGGCCUUCAUCUGGGUUUGGGGAGAGGAUGUGGUGCCAUGAUCGGAGGCGUGUUAGUCAAUUACUUUGGGGCUGCUGCGACCUUCCGAGGAAUUGGCAUGGCCUGCCUGGUGAUCCUCCUGCUGUUUGCCCUGAUCCAGUGGCUGGCAGUGCCGGACGAGGAAGAAGAUAAGACAAUGUUGGCAGAAAGGAUUCCUGUUCCCUCUAGUCCCGUUCCCAUAGCAACCAUCGACCUGGUACAGCAACAGACAGAAGAUGUCAUGCCACGCCUUGAACCCAGACUUCCACCCAAGAAAACCAAGCACCAGGAAGAACAGGAGGAUGUGAACAAACCAGCCUGGGGGGUCAGCUCUUCUCCCUGGGUGACCUUUGUGUACGCCCUCUACCAGGUUAAAGAGAUGAUUCAACUGACGAGAGACAGCCGUGCGUCUGAGAUACAGCCUUUGCAGGGGACCAGUGAGAAUCGGGAAAUUUCUGCAGCUGGUGGAGCCCAGUGUGUCCCCUGUGAGACUCACUCUGACCCACCUAGAAACCAGCCAUUCCCUGACACAGCAGCAUCUCAAACGCAGUCCAGCCCUGCUUACCCCAGUGCUGCCCUACACGUAGAGGAGAGUGUCGAGCAGCAGGCUCCGCCCACGGCAGGAGAACACUGAAGGGCUCCUGAUCAUCUCGCACCCUGCAUGGCACCAGGCACCUCAGCCAGGACACAGAGGGCAAGGCCCUCACCCUGGACAUGCCUCCCCACGGGGAGCACCGCACUGCAUAUGCUUCUAACUAUCUAAAUCAUUACUGUGGAACCAUACACACACACACACACACACACACACACACACACACACACACACACACACACACACACACACGAGCUAUAGUACUUGUUGGCAGGAAAAGGGAAACCUCCACAGUCCUGUAGACGCAGAAGGACAGUGUUGGGUGAGGACCUCCCCUCUUGGUUGGUUAGGUCCGAGCUAACUCCUCUGCCAGGGUCUAUGAGUGGGGAGCAAAACUCACACCAAAUGAACAGGUCUCAAGGUGAACUGUGACAUCAUCUUCCUCUUCUGAUUAUUUAUUCUAAAUAUUGGGUUCUCGGUGCAAAGCGAGAUAAAAAGAGCGCAUCUAUAGAUAUUUGUCUUGAAGAAAGGCAUUUUAAAAAUUAUAAGACAUAUUUAAAAGGGAACCAGAUGGAAGUUAGUAGAACAUACACUUUUUUGUUGUUUAAAAAGGUUCAAAGUUUCUCUGAACCUUGCACAUCUCUAGCAAAUCUAUUUUUAUAUGCACAUGGUCUACAGCGAAAAGAGCUCUUGCAGCGGAAGAGCUGUUACCAACUACCGCACACUGAGUGGAGCUUUACAAGGCCCUUAUCUCAAUGGGCUGUAAGAAUGAGCAGAAGUGAGAGACUAUUUCAAAGAAUCCCCCCAAGUCACUCUCCUAAAACUUGACAGAUGAGGGUUGACAGUGCAGAUCCCACAGCAACAGCCAUCGCUGUACUAUUUAUAAGGGCAGGAUAAGAUUUAAGUGCCUGGGGGAGGGACACUGUGUUUAAAAAUUACAUGUUAGGUCUGUUUUGUGAAGCAGUAAGUUGGAAGCCAGGAAUAGGAAUUGUGGGGACAAGAAGAACUGUCUCAGACUUAAACAAAUCUUAGUAUGUUCUUCUCCCCUAACCGUAGUCAUACACUGGAACCUUCAGGUUUGGGCUAGCUCCACCUUUUACCACCACAGACAGAGGAAGAGUCCUGGCAAAAAGGAGAGGCUUCUGGGAGGCCUGUGGACGCGGAAUGUGCCAUGGCCGAACGAAGGGCAGUCAUAGUGUGGAUAGACAUUCUACCCAUUCUCUCGAGUUCACUCACCUUAGCCUCUGACCCCGAGCAGACAGGAUCAGCUGUAACGUGAAGGCCUCCCUGUGACAGCUCUGCCUGUCCCUGCAUCUGGGAGGAGACAUUCUACACCUGGAUGUCUGGCUUUACCACAAAACACAGCUUAAAAGGACGGGAACAGUCAAGCAGAUGGUUAUUUUUGCACUUGAAUGGUACUGUACUGUCAAUCACCAUGACUCAUUUUAAGUGACCUUUAAAAUCAGAUGUUAUUUAUUAUGCUCGUGUAGUUACUGAAGUGAAGUGGGAGCCAGGCUGAGCCCCACCUCUGAAUGUACAGCAUGUGGAUUGGGAACUGACUGUAGGGAGCCAGAACCUUGUAUUUUGUGUUUACAAUCUGAUCGACUGCUUUGGAGAUGCUCAAUGGAUGUUGUUGAAAUAAAAAGUAAAUACCAUUUUUAAAUACUUCCUAAAUGAAAAACAUGUGACCAAACGAGUGGACCCCUCUGCUCUGUGAUGAAUGACACCAAACUCAACAUGCCUUUGUUACAAAAUGUUUACUGUGAGCGUUGGUCCAACAAUGCAGUGAUUUCCAGCCUUUAGAGCUGACACCUUCAUGAGUUUGUGGACUUUGUGACUUUUUCUUCCUGUCCUUAAAGUGCCAUAUACCACUUAAAAAAUAUUAAAGUGAAUUCAAAUUAAA